GAGCCCCGGCAGCAGCCCGCGUACCCGCAGUCGCCCUACGGGCCCUGCCACUACGAGAUGAAGCAGUUCCUGGAAUGUGCUACCGCCCAGCGGGACCUGACCCUCUGCGAGGGCUUCAACGAGGCUCUGAAGCAGUGCAAGCACAGCAGCGGUGUUUCUUCUCUCCUGUGA